GAACUGAAAAACCUUUCCCCAAAAAACUUGUUAUGAAGAAAACACUGAUUUGGGUGUGAUGGUGUGUUCGUUUCAGAGUUGCAGUAGUUGAAAACGGAGAGAAGAAGAAGAGCUAUAAAUAAUUGGCGCAAGAACAUUUUUGUUCCUUCUUCUUCUCCUUCACUUCAUUGUGCUAAUUCACUUCUCAUUCACACGCAACAACACUAGAUAAUGAUACAGUAGCUUAAAGCCCUAGUUUCGUUUCAUUUUCAUUUUCAUUUUGCCAUAAUUAGUUUCGAAAUUCGAUCAUCGUUCACUGCCACUGCGCUGGGUUCCAUCAAUCAUUGUGAAUUAAUGCGAACAUCCUACAAUCUCCUUCGCUCCCGCUUCCGCCGCUGCCACUACCACGCCGCCGCCUACCGUUCCCUCUCCGUCGUAUUCGCGAAACCGGACCACCAUCCGCCGCCUGUCGUUCCUUCAUUUCCGCAUCCUUCGAAACCAAAACAGUUUGUUCUUCUCGCCUUCAAUGAUCAUCGCUUUCCCUGUCAUCGCAGUUUCUUCACCAGAGCUAAAGCAGCUCAGAAGAUCGAAUUCAACGAUCGCCACAGUCAGCGAGCUGUUAAAACUGCAUUGUGGUGUAACUUUCUUGUUUUUUCACUCAAGUUUGGAGUAUGGUUAGCUUCCUCUAGUCAUGUUAUGUUAGCUGAAGUCGUCCACUCAGUUGCCGAUUUUGCAAACCAGGCGCUACUUGCUUAUGGUCUGAGUAGCUCAAGACGUGCACCGGAUGCUAUUCAUCCUUAUGGCUAUUCCAAGGAAAGAUUUGUUUGGUCCUUAAUAUCUGCUGUCGGGAUAUUUUGUCUUGGUUCCGGUGCCACAGUUGUUAAUGGAGUUCAGAACUUGUGGAUUGCACAGCCCCCUGAGAAUAUGCAAUAUGCAGCUUUGGUUAUAUGUGGUUCAUUUGUCAUUGAAGGUGCUUCACUUGUUGUCGCCAUACAAGCUGUUAAGAAAGGUGCAGCCUCAGAAGGAAUGAAAUUAAGAGACUAUAUUUGGCGUGGCCAUGAUCCUACAUCGGUAGCUGUUAUGACAGAGGAUGGUGCUGCAGUCACUGGCCUUUUAAUUGCUGGGGCAUCAUUGGUUGCAGUUAAUGUUACUGGAAAUGCCAUUUAUGAUCCCAUAGGUUCCAUUGUAGUUGGCAACUUACUUGGAAUGGUAGCCAUAUUUCUUAUCCAGAGAAACCGACAUGCUUUGAUUGGUAGAGCUAUGGAUGACCAUGAUAUGGAGAAAGUACUUCAUUUCUUGAAAAAUGACCCGGUUGUGGAUUCCCUCUAUGAUUGCAAAAGUGAAGUUAUUGGACCUGGAUUCUUCAGAUUUAAAGCAGAAAUAGAUUUUAACGGAGAGAUGGUGGUGCAAAAUUAUCUUAAACGGACUGGACGUGGAGAGUGGGCAAGACAGUUUCGUGAAGCUGCAAAGAAGAAGGAUGACACUGCCCUGAUGAAUAUUAUGUCAGAUUAUGGUGAGGAAGUAGUUACAGCUUUAGGAAGUGAAGUAGAUAGGUUAGAGAAGGAGAUCCAGAAUCUUGUGCCGGGUAUUCGGCAUGUUGAUAUCGAGGCCCACAAUCCUCCAACAGAGAUUCAAUAAAUUCGACACCCUAUUCUUAUUCAUUUAUAUCAUCAAAAAGUAUUUAUGAAAAAUUGAUUUGGCUCUAUCAAAUAGUUCUGAAGGAUGUUGCUGAGUUACAUGCCUCAAGUUGGAGAACUCUUGAUACAUUAGUGCACAAGUAAGCAACCUCGAAUCUGAAAGACCACAAGGCAUGUAAUAUACAUUAGUGUUCAAUGAGUAAGUAGAAACGGUAACAUUUUUGUGUUCCGCGGUUUCUGUCACUCGCAGCAAGUUUCAUAGUUCUUAGUAAAAAGUAAUUGAGGUAUGUUAUUAACGCAUUCUUUAAUAUAUUAUUUUUGACCCUUUAUUAUUAGUUGAAA